GUGACAGGGGCGCGGGAGAAGGGGAGAAAAUACGGAGAUUGAGAGACGGAAGGACCAAAGACAGCCACGAGGGAACCGACGAGAAAGAGGGACAUGCUGGAGCCACGCUGGAGACCCGUCCAGGGGCACAUUGGCGAGAGUCCAUUCGACAACGGCUCCUGGGGGAAGGAUCAUUUUCAUCCGACGACUGUUCCCUGGCAGGUGAAUCCACGCGGCCACGGCCGAACGAACGAUGAUGGCAUAAUGGAUCAUGACACGGAUGGAGACGGUGCAAUCAACUUGUCAACAUCCCAGCGACCCUCUGCUUCGACAACCCCAAAUGGUGACACUCCUACGUACGGUCAAGAUCAACAGGAAAACGACCAGGCAAACAGUCUUUACACGGCUCUGAAACAGCAGCAACAUCAGUGCGAGUCACGAUUAGGACGCUGUCGCGAAAGAAAAAGCUCGAGUGGACCUGACCACCAGCAGCAACAGCAGGAGCUAGGCAUUGAGUAUCAAAGCAAUGGAAAGCUUAGUCCGAGCGGACACCCAGUGACAGUAGCAAUAGCAGCAGCAGCACCCAUGACCCAGCAAAAGCAGCCCCUCAUUACGCAGCAGUCGCAGCAGCCAAGUUCCGGCGCGCCAGGACCUCAGCCUAGUCCACAUCAGAGUCCUCAAGCUCCGCAGCGGGCGUCUCCGCCCGACCCUUCACAAGGUCCACCAGGAGGGCCGCCCGGGGCUCCACCACCGUCCUCCCAAACAACGGCACAGAUGAUGCUCAGCCCAGUGAGCGGUCUGCAUCAAAUGCAACAAAUCCUGCAGCAACACAUACUCAAUCCCACACAGCUGCAGUCCUUUAUGCAGCAGCAUUCGCUAUAUAUGCAGCAACAGCAGCAACAGCAACAGCAGCAGCAACAACAGCAGCAACAUCAUCAGGAAUCGUCGUCAGAGCAUGCGUCGAAUCAGGAUAGAUUUGGAUACUUUUCCUCUUUAAAAACCCACCAACACCAGUUGGCUGAAUUAGGUCGAAAGCAGGUUGAACAAGCGAUGCAACAGUUGCAGGAGCAGCUGCAAUUGAAUCUAAUACAGCAGACGCAUUUACUGCAAACGGCAGAUAAAAAAAAGGCAUCGGCGCCGCUGCAGCAGCUCGCUUUACAGCAGCAGCAGCUCAUUCAGCAGCUUCAGAUCACGCAGCGACAGUACCUACUGCAACAAGGUCUGGGAUUACAGGGGCACAAUCACUCUUCAGGUUUACCAGCCGAGGCAUUACCAGCAUGGAAAACCGAACAAUCCGAGAGUUCCGAAUCGCACGUGAAUUCCAAUGUGUCAAAGUCAAGCUCUGGGCUAAAUGGCCUUCUUAAUUCACUAGUUUCAAAUCGUCGGGCGGAAAUCAACGGUACGACGCAACUGGACGAGAAGCCGCUCGACACUUCCUGCAAUGAGAAAAUUCAGCAUCCACUUUACGGACACGGAGUCUGUAAAUGGCCAGGAUGCGAGGCCGUAUGCGAUGACUAUCAAACAUUCCUCAAACACUUAAACACGGAACACACGCUGGACGACAGGUCGACGGCACAAGCGCGGGUGCAGAUGCAGGUCGUAUCGCAAUUGGAGAUCCAGCUGCAGAAGGAGCGUGACAGGUUAACGGCUAUGAUGCAUCAUCUACACAUGGCCAAGCAGAUGGCGUCGCCAGAGCCGUCGAAAUCCUCGGAAUCUUCGAGCGCGUCAAGUAUGCCGAAGCUGAACCUUUCCUCGGCCUUGAUGAGCCAGCCGCCGUCCAGUUUCGGGGCCGUCUCGCAGGUCUCGCCGGUGUCCAUGUCCGCCCUCGUCUCGGCGGUGAGGUCGCCCGCGGGCGGACAGUUGCCUCCGUCGUCGGGCGGCGGCCCUGGCCUGCCCCCGGGUCUCCCCAACAUGUCAAACAUGUCGGGACUGCCCCCCAUGCCCAACAUACCCGGGAGCAUGCCCAACAUGCCAAAUAUACCGAGCAUGGCCGGUCCCAUCCGCAGGAGGAUCAGCGACAAGUCCACCCUUUCGCUCGCCGGAGGACUAUAUGAGGAGGGCACUGUAAGGCGCAGAGUAUCCGUCGAUAGAUCUGGAAUAGAUAUUAACGAAGAAAUUCAGCGAAAUAGAGAUUUCUACAAAAAUGCAGACGUUAGACCGCCGUUCACGUAUGCAUCAUUGAUACGUCAGUCCAUCAUCGAAUCUCCGGACAAGCAAUUGACGCUAAACGAGAUAUACAACUGGUUCCAAAAUACAUUCUGCUAUUUCCGGCGCAACGCAGCAACGUGGAAGAACGCAGUGCGACACAACCUGUCUCUCCACAAAUGUUUCAUGCGAGUCGAAAACGUGAAGGGGGCCGUAUGGACGGUGGAUGAAGUGGAGUUUUACAAGAGACGCCCUCAACGCGCUUGCAGCACGACUGGGGGUGUACCCUCGAAGAGUCCCACACUCACGCACAGUCCAACUAUGUACGGUGAUGCUCUGAAUGCGAAUCUUCAGUAUUUCCAGGCUGCACUCGGCGAAUCAAACAUGGGGUUUCUUAACAACUCGAUGUGCACGUCGACAGCAACGAGUCCUGACAAAGAGCACACCUUACCUCACAAUGAUUUAAUCUCACCGCUGGACGAAUCCGGGAUGCACAUAAAGCAGGAAGGUCAAAGCCCGGAGGGCGGCAAACUCUCAAGGCUGAUAAAACGGGAGCUGAUGGAGGCGCCAGCGGAACAGGACACGGAGGAGGAGGCCUGCAACGACGACAGGGACUAUCCAGAGAGCCAUGGCGGCCACGAAUCUGGACCCGAUGAAGACAUGGCCGAGGACCUGUCCAUGGCCCCGGAAAUACUCGCACCGGAGGAUCACUGUGAAGCGUAGUCGCGUCCGAUUGGCCAGACCAGAAUGUGGCGUCAGAGCACUGCUUGUCGGAUGCACGAAAGAGCUUUGGGACUUUCCUAGUUGCGGUGGAAGCGCUUUUCCAUAACUAUUUAACGAAGAAGAGCAAAGGACGAAUUCUCAUCGGAGCGGGUGGUGAACGCCUCGCUCAAUGAUUCGGCUGGACUAAGAUAUUUGCUUUUCCUCUGGAUUAUCGAAGCUUCAACGAAAGCGGCCGUAGCGGGAGACGCGGCACGGAGAGGACGAUACUCUAUCGAUCCUCGAAGCAUUCAUUCGCCAUAUCGGUUGUGCACCGCAACGACGACAAAGCAAAACCUCGUACCUUUUAAGAAACGAACGAAUCGAGAGCCAAAGAGAAGGACGCAGGAAGGACGAAGGAAAGAUGGCCGCGAGGUGAUUAUUCGAGGCGCAAAUGCGUCGAAUCGCUGAUUGUAGGGAAGGCGAAGAUAAAAAUGACUACAAGGACUAUGAUAACGACG